AUAUAUACGUGUGGAGUUCCAACAAAUGCACUGUUAAACAUUAUUUACAUUCUUUUUUAAAAAUUAAAUAUCGGAAACAGGUUCAGGUAGCAUUUCUAAAUAAAUAGGGGAGAGACAACAUGAAAACAGCAGCUAUUUUCCUGCUGGAUAAUCUUUGUUCAAUACCACCAUGCUUUGGUAUCCAAGUCAACCUAUAGUUUGUUACCUGAUAGCGGGUCAAUAGGUCAUUUAUUUCUACUGUGUACACAGGAUACAGAAUAAACUGGAGAAAAUCAAUACCUUCACCACGACGGCAGAAUACCUUAGACCAAACUUUAGUUCAAUGAGAGGCGUGUUCUUAAACUGACAGUGAAUGGCACCAGAAGUAACAGCUUGAUUAGCAAUGUUAUUUCAUAAUCUCAGUGUGCUGGUGGGGUGGGGUACAGGGUGUGGAGGGAACAAAUCUAUCUGUUCUGUUGAACAGAGGUCACUGGUAGAAAUAAAAUCCUAUUAAUCAGUCGAGUGCUUGUGUAAAUCAACAAUUGGCACAAGGCUGCUAUUGUAAACUGUUUCUAAUCCAUUGUAAAUGUCCCUGUUCUGUGCUACCGUGCUGAGGACAUACAAACCUGCCGUCAGCACUUAAACCUACUAAAUGGCUUGGAAGCAAUGGAUUUGGAAAUCAAUACAUACCAAGGAUAAAUGUUAAUACAAAGGAUAGUUUUAUUUUAUACGUUUGAAUCAUUUGCCUUUUAUAAUCAUUUUAAAAAGUUAAAUUGAUGAAGGGUUUGCGGAAUGACUACCGGCUGGAGAAGGCAAAUCUAACCACUCUCAAUAAAAGGCUAAUUGUAAUUGUAAUUGUAACUAAUUGUAAUUGUAACUAAUUUAUUAGCCAAGUGUGUAAAAAACAUACAAGGAAUUUGAUUUGCUGCACAGUCAUUCCAAAAAAGCAACAAGACACACAACUACACUAAAAUUAACAUAAACAUCUACCACAAUGCACUGUGAUGGAAGACAAGAGCGUAUCAUCUUCCUAAUUGUGGAAAGAAUAAGAAAAUAACCGAAUAAUUACAACUAAAUAUGCACAUGCAUGGAAUGAUAAAUGAACAAACUCUAGUCUGUAUGAAAAAAAACAGGAUUAUGUGGUUUGGAGUCUUAUGACCUGUUAUUAUGCAUCCAUUUGGACGUGGGGAGUAUGCAGAGGAGGGCGUCUACUCCGAGGGUCGCCAUCUCUGUACAGACGAUAAAAUAUUAGGCGAGAUUUAGUUUUAGGUUUUUUUAAUUUUAGAGUUACAGCGCGGAAACAGGCCCUUCGGCCCACCGGGUCCCGCGCCGACAAGCGACACCCGCGUAUUAACAGUAUCCUACACACACGGGAAAAUGUUUACAUUUACCAAGCCAAUUACCUGUGCGGCUUUGGAGUGUGCGAGGAAACCGAAGAUCUCUGAGAAAACCCACGCAGGUCACGGGGAGAACGUACAAACUCCGUACAAGCAGGUGGGAUCGAACCCGGGUCUCCGGCGUUGCAAGCGCUGUAAGGCAGCAACUCUACCGCUGCGCCACCGUGCCGAGAUAUUGGUGAAUAUUAAAUAUUGGUAGAUAUUUCUUCUCUCAGUGAUGAAUUUGUAAUAUUACCAGGAAAAACAGUGGAGAACAAUCUCUGAAUAGUUGAUGGGAGGGGCAGAUUUCUCGACACAAAUCGCAUCCAGGGAUUUGGGGCUGUAUUAGAGUGGGGGGAAGAACAUGAAUAUGUUAUAGAGAUAGAGACUAUACCAUGAAGGCAUAGAACGACGUGCGGGCUCGCAAUGCCUACUACCCCAGCCUCUAUUUUCUCUGUUGCUUGAUUUCCUCUUUUUUAAGGCAUUGAUUUCAACGUAUAUGUCAAACACGUGUGAUAUGUACAUGCCCACCCACGCAUUUCCAUAUCGACAUACAAUAUACCGCAGUACGUUAUAUCCCCUCUUACCUGAUUAUUUUGCAGAUGUAAUAUGUCCAAAGUUCAUUGGAACAGUGCAAUUGAUGUUUCGAACUCAUUGCAUACAAAUUCUGAUUCUACUCUUUGCUCUUUACAACCAUUUUCCAAGAGUUAGAUAGUUGCAGUAGAAACAAGCGGAUGUGCAGAAACUCAGCCAGAUUAUUAUCACGGUAUAUUGUUCCCUAUUGCUAUGGUUCACAUAAGAUGCAUUGCGUUUUUCUAAGAAAAGCAAACGCUCAUUUGUUCUCGACCCGCCAAUAAUAGACUGACAAAUAAUCACAUGACAAAGAACCAGGUAGAGAGUUUGUGACCAGGUGUGAGCAUACGAUCUACGUAGAUGUUAGAACGCGUCUCAGUUAUGGAUUGCGACGUGGACUAUUUCGAAAGUGCCUGCCAAUACCAGGGACUGGAAUACACGCAAGAUCCACCUGCCUGCAUCUACGAUGGGAAUCCGCAGCCCCCUCUCCUCGGGUCGUGCUUGGGCGAUUUCAACCAGCAGAAUUUGACGGAUUUCACCCCCUACGGCAGUCCGGCAGAUCUGAACUCUUGCCACCUUCCCCAGGUGAAUUUUCUCAACGCCGAGUACGCGGAGAACCGUGAACCUCAGGGGCGCUACCCGUUCCCUUGGAUGAAAAAUACUAAAUCGCAUGCCUAUGCUUGGAGCGAUCAGUGGGCAGGAAACAGCCACCCGAUGGACGGGGAUGAAAGCAAAAGAACUCGAACGGCCUACAGCAGGGGUCAGCUGUUGGAACUGGAAAAAGAGUUCCACUUCGCCAAGUACAUCUCCAGGCCCCGGCGGGUGGAACUCGCCGCGUUGUUGAAUCUCACCGAGAGGCACAUCAAAAUCUGGUUCCAAAACAGGAGGAUGAAAUGGAAGAAGGAAGAAGCGAAAGGGCAAGUCAAGACCAUUACAAGCAAAGCAAAACGCACGCUAUGCGAAAACUAUGCGGGAGAGGAGUUUGAAGGGAGUUACUCCGAAAACUCAUUCAAUAAGACAAAUAAUGAUUUUUCAGUUACUUCGAUGAAUAGCGAAGUUGGACAUCUACUAUUAGCACAGGAAUUACAUUUUUAACACAUCCUUCUAAAAAUAUAUUGAUUAUUGAUAUUCUUGAUGGUAAAUGUUGUAACAUUUUAUCAGUUAUUCAAUAUGGCCACACU